AAUCAACAUUUAACUUUGCAUAUUGGUGGUAGAUUAAUGGCAUAUGAGAAGAUGUCUUUAUUUCCAUGGCUGCUACUUUUACUGUUGAGUUUCACUGUCAAAGAUGUUUAUUCCAUAAAGUGUUAUGUGUGUGACAACUGCCUGUCUGUCACCGACGCUACUACAACUAGUGAUACUUGCGGUGCUUGUGUUAAAGCUGGAGUUCCAGACAUUUCCAUAUAUCGAAGAUGUAUAGAUUCAUGUACGGGUAUUACUAGCAAAAUUCCUGCAAGAGAUAUUCUGAGAUGUUGUACAACUGAAUUAUGCAAUAAUGCUAAGAAAAUGAAGCCAUUCACAACCAUCACAUUGGUUGUCUACGUUACAUGGAGAAUGUUAAUUAGUCCCAUAGUCAACUAGACUUGAUGAUGUUUUGUACAAUUUUCAAACAGAAUGGUUUGCUGAUUACAAUUUUUAAAAAGAUAAGCAGUACUCCUAACAGUCGUGUAUGAUCUACUGUAUUUAAACCAUAUUGCAUAAACUAUACACAAAUUCCCAU